UUGGGGCGGGAGGCAUGGGUGUCGCGGGAGGUCUGGAUCGCUGUGAGCGGCCCGCGGGUCCUGCCUGCUCUGAGCGUGGCGUGUGGUUUGAUGAGGGACCUCAUGGGACAUGUCCAGGGACAUCACUAGGCUCUGCAGGAGUAUUUAAAACUAAUAUGCCGUGUUUCGUAUGCAUUUUUAUUGAUGUAUCAGUUGCUUCUGUCCACUUAGAGCAAUUGGUGACUAAAUGCCAUGUCACCAACGUGCUGUGUUUUCCUACCUGGUACAACAUGUGCAAGCUGAGAUUUACAAACAGGCAGUUUUCUGUUGUGGGUGUUAGUGCCUGGCCGAGGUUAAGUUUACCGCUUUCCUGUUGCCAGACUAACAGGCCACCUCUUCUCCAUUUAUAUUUUCUCAUACAAUUGGACUAAAUCUGGCACGUUUUGAGUAUCUUUUAAAAUUAUACAAUUUGCUGAUACUAUGGGACUUUAAAGAGGCAGUUUUUUUAACACUCUUACCUUGGUAUUAAUCACAACGGCAUAAUAAAAACUAGUGAAAUUGUAGACUAAAUAGCUACCUGUGGUUAACGAUAGUAUGAAUCUUGUUGGAAAUUAAACAGUUUUUGGUAUGAUGCAUACUUGGUCUAUGCUGAACUAUAAGCAUUUUGAACUUGGAAAAUGAUGGUAGUGACCUUUCAGAAUUUUACAUGCCUUGCUCCAGCCUAGGCCAUGACAAGGAACAUUGACUACAGACUUCUUUCUUAGAGCCCCCUGCCAGAACUGAAAAGGAACAAGGAGGAGGGCACCGUGAAAAUUAUUUGGGCUGCUGAAGGAUCUGAGCAGCUGCUGGUUCUUUCCGUAGUCUUAAAUCAGGUGUCUCGCACAUUAGUUCCUAUGGAACUCACUUUCAGGAGGGCACCGUGAAAAUUAUUUGGGCUGCUGAAGGAUCUGAGCAGCUGCUGGUUCUUUCCUUAGUCUUAAAUCAGGUGUCUCGCACAUUAGUUCCUAUGGAACUCACUUUCCUGUACCCUUUUAAAUGUUGUAGUGCUGGGUUUAGAACAGAGGGCCUCUUUUGCACGCUUGGGAGACAGCUGCCCUGCCAGCACCCUUCUAAGAGUGAGUCCCCUAUACUAUCCCCUAGGUUGCUUUUUAAAAGGUGCUCUGUUUCUCUCCUUUGUAGAAUAUUAUGGACUCUUGCCUUUAUAAAAAAUAACACCAUGAAAUAAAUAAAUUUAUUAAAUAAAAAUGUUGUAUGAAAUUCUCAAGGUAUUGAUAAAAAAAUAUUGCAAAAAGAAACAGUAUAACACCAUGGUCCCAAAACUAAAAGGGGCAACACCAAAUGCUUCUCCCAGCUUUUGAGGGAAUUGGAUCAACAGUAAAUAUUUACAGGGUAUCUUAUGCAGAACAGUCCUUUGUAAGCCCUUAGGAUGUUUUCUUCUUUUCUAUAAUAUUCCUGCAAUGUCAGUGUUUUUGUGUUUUUUAUAGAUGUAAAAUCUGAGCCAGAGAUGUAGAUAGCUUACCCCAAGAAGCAGAAAGCAGGUUGGGACUCAGAUUCUGUCCACUUCUGUGUUGGCCAUAAAUGAAGGUAGCCAGCAUGCUCCUAUACCCAUUUCUUGAUUGUUUCCUUUCUCCCUGAAAAACAAACACACCAUGCUGGUUUCCUGAGCAUCUUUGCUCUUGCUCAUGUUAUCUAACAUGCUCAUUUCUCUCUUCAAGACUUGGCUUAAAUGUUGUCUUUAAGGGUUGUUCACUUACUGAGUGUCUGAUUUUGGUCUGAUACUUCAUUCUAAAACUCUUCUUUUUGCUGCUAGAUUGUUCUUUGUUCUUUCCAGCACUGUGGUAAGCUAUUAGAGGACAGGGAUGGAUUGGGUUAUGACUGUGUGAAUUGGAAGGCUAGCUCCAUGCUGCCCUGUAGCUGGCAUUCCUGUUGUCAUCAUCUCCAUAGCCCUAGUAGAUCUCAAUGUUUACAAAUACUCUCACUUUCUGUUCACAGCAGAAGAAUGGAAGGAAUUGUAAUGUGAUGCUAGACUUUGUUGAAGCCACGACAUAGUGUUUCCUUAUUGAGCAUGUUAAAAAAUAAGGAUCACUCAUCUAAAAAAGUUAACUUAGCAGUCACCGCAGUUGCCUUACAGGACCACAUUUUACAUGAUCUUCAACUUGGACAUCUCUCAGUAGCAGAUCCUCGUAAGACAAAAGUGCAAAAGAAUGAAAGCAAGUCAAAACCUCUCAAAAGAGACGCAACAGCCAUAAUAGAUACUGGGCUUAGAAAGACUACAGAGGGCCCCAAAGUGGAAGAUCCCGAAAAGGAGUAUGUUCUAGACCCCACACCACCACCGUUAACUUUAGCACAGAAACUGGGCCUCUUGCCACCUCCUCCAUUGCCACUGUCAUCAGAUGAAUGGGAGAGAGUGAAGCAGAGAUCACUCCUGCAAGGGGACUCCAUGCAGCCAUGCCCAAUAUGUAAAGAAGAAUUUGAGCUCCGUCCCCAGGUGCUGCUUUCCUGCUCACAUGUAUUCCACAAGGCAUGCCUUCAGGCUUUUGAAAAGUUCACAAAUAAAAAAACCUGUCCCCUCUGUAGAAAGAACCAAUAUCAAACCAGAGUGAUACACGAUGGGGCCCGCCUGUUCAGAGUAAAGAGUGCCACCAGAAUCCAAGCCUACUGGAGAGGGUACAUCGUUAGAAAAUGGUACAGAAACCUAAGGAAAACAAUCCCUCCUACAGAUGCCAAGUUAAGGAGAAAGUUCUUUGAGGAAAAGGUGCAGUAGGUGCUCUGGCCUGCAAGCA